CACACACACACACACACACACCUCCCUCCACCUCCCUGCUCACUCUCUGCUCAGCUACAAUGUGUGUCGAUGUGCAGCAAGUUUUUCCUCUCAUGGUUUUCAUGCCUCUCUCUUCCUCUCCCACCAUGUGAAGCAUCUGGAUCUGUGCCGCUCGCUUUAACACUGACGUUGCUCGGCGGUGAUGAUGAGCAAGUGAUUUUUGAGGACCCGAUAUGAGACUGAAUGUGGUUGUAACUAUGAUGACGUCAGGGUGGGGGGCCCUCUCCCCUUGUGGACUCGUGUUGGUCAUCAGUUGGUCCUUGUGUCUGUCUCAGCAGCCAAACAUCAAACCUGCAGACUGCAGCAGAAAGGAGCACCCUGUCGUCUCUUACCAAGCACUAAGGUCAUGGGUGUCUGAGUUUUCUCAUCCAGGAGUGAAGGAUUUCUCCCAGUUGGCCGUUGACCUGAGCAGAAAUCAGCUCAUUGURGGAGCAAGAAACUUCCUCUUCCGAGUGAGUUUAAACAACGCCUCACUCAUACAGGUAACAAAAUGGGCACCUGAUGAAGACACAAAACGCUCAUGUCAAAGCAAAGGCAAAUCUGAGGAUGAAUGUCAAAACUACGUCCGUGUUUUGCUGAUGAACGGCAGAACGCUCUUCACAUGUGGGACCAACGCUUUCACACCAGUCUGCAUAACCAGGCAGAUUUCUAACCUCAGUCAGACGGUGGACACAGUGAACGGCGUUGCUCGAUGUCCCUAUGAUCCGCGUCACAACUCCACUGCCAUGAUGACGCAGAGGGGCGAGUUAUAUGCUGCUACGGUGAUCGAUUUCUCUGGACGUGACCCGGUCAUCUAUAGAAGUUUAGGGAACAUGCCACCUCUGAGAACUGCUCAGUACAACUCCAAGUGGCUCAAUGAGCCUCAUUUUGUGUCUGCAUACGAGAUCGGCCGGUUUGCCUACUUCUUCCUGAGGGAAACCGCCGUGGAAAAUGACUGCGGGAAGACGGUGUUCUCCCGAGUGGCACGUGUCUGUAAGAACGACAUGGGCGGACGAUUCCUUUUGGAGGACACCUGGACCACGUUCAUGAAGGCCCGCCUCAACUGCUCACGCUCUGGAGAAAUCCCUUUUUACUACAACGAGCUGCAGAGCACCUUCCACUUACCUGAGCAAGAACUCAUUUACGGCAUCUUCACCACUAACGUGAACAGUUUAUCUGCAUCUGCUGUUUGUGCCUUCAAUCUGAGCUCCAUCACCCUGGCCUUCAAUGGACCCUUUCGGUACCAGGAGAACCCCCGCACUGCAUGGCUCUCCACCCCAAACCCUAUACCCAACUUUCAGUGUGGCACCCUGGAGGAAGACGGCCCCGGGGGAAACCUGACAGAACGCAGUCUUCAGGACGCGCAGCGGCUCUUCCUCAUGAGCGACGUCGUCCAGCCGGUCUCCACCAACCCCCUGCUYACCCAGGAUAACCUGCGCUUCUCCAAACUGGUGGUGGACAUCGUGCAGGGCCGAAACGCUCUCUACCAUGUCAUGUACAUUGGCACCGAGUACGGCACCAUCCUGAAGGCUCUCGCCACCACCAAUAAAAGCCUGAACGGCUGCUUCCUGGAGGAACUGCGGAUCCUUCCUGAGGGGAAAACAGGAACAAUAAAGAGUCUGAAAAUCCUCCACAACGACAGAUCGCUGUUUGUUGGGCUCGACGACAAACUGGUGAAAAUCCCCUUAGAACGCUGCUCCAGAUACCAAGCUGAAGGUGACUGCAUGGAGGCUCGGGACCCUUACUGUGGCUGGGACCUCAAGCAGAAACGCUGCACCACCAUUGAAGGCAGCUCCAACAUGAACCAGUGGACCCAAAACAUCACAGAAUGCCCAGUGAGGAACCUGACGCAGGACGGUGGGUUUGGUCCGUGGGCCCCGUGGCAACCCUGUAACCACGAUGACGGCGAGGGUUACUUUAGCAGCUGCGUGUGUCGAUCCCGCUCCUGCGAUGGACCGGUGGCCAGAUGUGGAGGAGCUGAAUGCAAAGGUCCGACUAUCCAGGUGGCAAACUGUUCCAGAAAUGGAGGCUGGACUCCCUGGUCAUCCUGGGGUCAGUGCAGCAGUAGCUGCAGCAUCGGAUUCGAGGUAAGGCAGCGGUCCUGCAACAACCCCUCACCUCGCCACGGAGGUCGAAUCUGUGUGGGCCAGGGUCGGGAGGAGAGGCUCUGUAACGAGAUGAAGCCUUGUCCCCUGCCUGUGUCGUGGACAGCGUGGAGCCCCUGGGCCCACUGCAGCGCUGAAUGUGGAGGAGGGGUCCAGUCAAGGACUAGAACCUGUCAGAAUGGGAACAGCUGCCCAGGGUGUGCAACGGAGUUUAGGGUCUGUAACCUGGAGAGUUGCCCUGAGGUGCGCCGCAACACCCCCUGGACCCCCUGGAUGCCGGUCAACAUGAGUCAGGAUGGUGCACGGCAGGAGCAGAGGUUCAGGUACACGUGCCGCGCUCCGCUGCACGACCCCCAGCAGAUGCAGCUGGGAAAGAAGAAACUGGAGACCCGUUUCUGCCCAAACGAUGGAUCUGGAGCUUGUCAAACUGACUCUUUGGUUGAAAAUCUAAUUAAGACCAGUGGCAGAGCUUAUUCCCACCCUCAAGGAGCCCGAUGGGGAUCCUGGGAAACAUGGUCCAUCUGUUCCCAGCAGUGUUCCCGAGGCUUUCGAACCAGAAAACGCAGCUGCUCUACGCCUGAGGGCAGGACCAACCCCGGGGCCUGUGCAGGGUCCCCGGUGGAAUAUCAGGACUGCAACAUUCAUCCCUGCUCAGUGAACGGAGGCUGGUCCUGCUGGUCUGCCUGGUCCCAGUGCUCGUCCAGCUGUGGAGGCGGGCACCACCAGCGGACCCGGACGUGCAGCAGCCCGCCCCCUGAGAACGGAGGGGACAUCUGUAUCGGCCUGCACACAGAGGAGGCCCUAUGUAACACACAUCCAUGUGAAGGAUGGGCUGAAUGGACGGACUGGGGAGACUGUGAUGAGGAGGGUCUGCAGCAUCGCACCCGUCGCUGCGGGGACGAACAGGAAGUGGGGACCAACCUCUGUCAGGGCAAUCUCACUCAGUCCAGACCCUGCCAGGCUCAUGAGGUGCCAGUUAUUUUACCAGAGCAGGAGAACCACAGCUGUGGAACAUUCACUUUGUUUCAGUUAGUGGCUGUGGGCUCAGCCAGCUUCUUCGCUGCAGCUCUCCUCUCUGGACUGGCUUUCUCUUACUGCCACCACCUGAACCGUCCAUCAGCAGAGUCCGGGGUCAUCCACCCCAGCACGCCCAACCAUCUCACCUACAACAAGCAGGGCAAUGCCACACCAAAGAACGAGAAAUACAUCCCCAUGGAGUUUAAGACACUCAACAAGAACAAUCUCCAUGUAAACGAUGAGACGUGCAACCACUUCUCCUCCCAGCUGGCCUCCAGUAACAUGUUCACAACCACCUACUACCCUCCAUGUGUGAGCAAAUACGACUUCCAUCCUGACUCUCCCUGCAGGUCCUACAUGCACAGCUGAGAGGAGCCCUUUUAAGUCUCCUCAUCUCCAUGAAGGCUUUCCUUAUUCAACGUGAUGAGUACAAUGGUUUCAAAUGGUCAAAAAGUAAACACCAAAAUGUUUUACGGUUACAUUUUCUGGAAGUCUUGAUCACCCAAACAACUCAAGAUUUAGWUGKUUUUAUUUGCUCAGGAUAUCAGAUUAGCCUAGUCUAAUUUCAGGAUCAGUAUUUUUUAUGUUGCUUAAUCAAUGGACUUUCCAGUUUUUCCAUGUUUGUGUAACAGUUUGUAGAAAGACUCUUUAAGCCACAGUUUAUGCAGUGGUUCAAUAAACAGCUACCAAAAUACAGAAAGAAGGUGGAAAUACAUACAUUACCCACAUAGCAAAAUUUGUCUGGACCAGUUCUGACCCACACAGAUACUGCAGAAAAAUGUCAAGCCCUUCGGUGGCUCAAAUGUGGUUUGCCAAAGGUGUUCCAUGCAUAGGCCAGGACCAUAUAAACCAAACCACAACCUGGCCAGUGUGGCAUGCCAUCUUAAAACCAGUGCAAUUAUUGUCAGACCUUGCCCACAUCUAGUUGACAAACCACUUACAAAGCCAGCAGUGCCUGCUUGACACCAGAUCUGGUCCAUACCUGUCUGCUAUGGKGGGUAUGGUUCCAUCAUGUAAAUGUUUUUGGCUAAAAUCUGUCACUGUGUCACCACCGUUUUUAUUCUGUGAAGUAAAUGUUCAUGGUUUUUACAUUCACUGAAAAUGAAAGUGUAUGGAUUACAUAAUAAAGAGACAAAACAAGAUCAACUUACAGUUCCUUAAAGUUUUCAGACCCCUUUAACUUUUCUACAUUUUUGUCACAUGACAAAAAAUGUCACRCAGCGUGACUAUGUAUUCAUGUUUCAGAUCGUUGUCCUAAUGGAAGGUGAACCUCCAUAAAAUGAAGGUUAAAGUCUGCUGCAGCCUCUAAAAAAAGGCUUGACCUUGGCUAGACAUCAUUAAAAAGCUGGCCUUGACUACAGAGGCUACAUGUUUCUCAAACUUCAAAUCCUUGUCAGAAGUGACACACAAGUUUUAAAAUUGUGGCUUUAUAACCAAAGUUACAGGGAGCAUCAUCACCAAAAAAAAAAA